GUGUGUUAUUGUGUUAAAUUCCUAGCCAGCAUGAGCCAGAGAAAACCCAGCUCCAGCCGCUUCACAAUCUGAAGAAGGAAGUCAAGUCUGCAAGUCUUCCUUUGGACUAGAGAUACUUGCGUCUUUUUGGAUUCUGCUUCCCUGCAGUGAAAGAGAAAGAAAAGACUGCAGAUUGCCAGAUUUGAUUUGCACAUGAGGAAGUUCAUACAGCUGCUUCGAGUAGCAGUGAGAAGUUUCUUUUUGCAGCGGUGGAUGUUUGGAAGAUGUACUCAGUCCUUGUAAGAAUAUUCUUAGCAGUCAUGCAGUGACAAUAAUACACACAAAUGGACUUCCUAAUUUAUUCAGUAAUAUCAUCUCACAGCAGCAUACUUGGAAAAGGACAGUAUUAAAUCUUAUGACAGAAGAACAGUACCACAACUGAAAGAUCCCUGCCCUAAAGAAUUAAGGAAAUCUGAACAUUUUUGAUAAAGAGUCUACUCUACCACUGACGAUUCUAUUGUCUACUAUUUGACACACAAAAAAGGUUAAAAAGGUCCUGCCUCUCAAGAUGUCAAAUAAGGAGGAAAAUGCCGAGAACGGAAAAAAGAAGGAAGGCCUUUUUGAAUUUUAUGACUCAUUCCAGGAGCUGUUUGAGUUCUUUUGUAUAAAUACUACCAUCCAUGGAACCAUCCGUAUGGUCUGCUCAAAACACAACAAUAUGAAAACUGCGUUCUGGACCAUCCUUUUUAUAGCCACUUUUGGCAUAAUGUACUGGCAAUUUGGCCUUCUUCUUGACCAGUAUUACAGCUUCCCUGUCAGUAUUACUAUGGCUGUCAACUAUGAUAAACUUGUUUUUCCAGCAGUUACUGUCUGUACCUUAAAUCCAUACAGGUAUAAUGCUGUUAGCACUGAACUUGCAAAUCUGGACUGCUACACAGAACAGCUCCUCUCGACCUUGUACCAUUAUACACCUGCAAACAGUAACCAAUCAGCUUGCAACAAUACCUCUAACAAGCAGGACUCUAAUAAUAAAUACAUCCCAUUAGAAUUCUUGACUUACAAUGACACACAGUCUGGUUAUCCUUUUAAAGGAACCACAAAUGGCAGUUCUUCUUUUAACAACAGUGAAUUCUACAGAGUUGGGUUCAAAGUGUGCAAUGAUACAGAUGGAGACUGUUUUUAUCAGAUAUACUCAUCAGGUGUCGAUGCUUUGAGGGAGUGGUACAAAUAUCAGUAUGUAAAUAUUAUGGGGAAUGCCCCCUUGUCAACUUACCAGGAGGAUAACCCUCAAAUCAGUAACUUUGUCUAUGCCUGUGAAUUCAACAAGAUAUCGUGUGGUUCUGGGAACUACACCCAAUUCAAUCACCCGCAGUAUGGCAGCUGCUACACCUUCAAUGAUGGAGAUGACAACAAUCCUUGGAUUUCAUUCUCCCCUGGAGUUGAAAGUGGGCUGUCCUUGGUGCUGCGAACUGAACAGAAUGACUUCCUCCCAUACCUUUCCAAUGUUGCUGGAGCCCGUGUUAUGGUGCAUGACCAGAAUCAGCCAGUCUUCAUGGAAGACAGUGGCUUUGACAUCAGACCUGGUGUAGAGACAUCUAUCGGGAUAAAAAAGGAGAUUAUCAGCCGCUUAGGUGGGGUGUACGGAAACUGUACAGCUGAUGGGAGUGACAUCAAUGUAGAGAACCUAUACAACUCUGACUACACCCAACAGGCAUGUAUCCGUUCCUGUUUCCAGGCUACUAUUGUUGAGAGAUGUGGUUGUGGAUACUACUUUUACCCCCUACCUGCUGGAGCCACAUACUGCACUAACACCAAGCAUAGAGGAUGGGGGUAUUGUUAUUACAAACUCUACAAAGCAUUUGCUGCAGAUGAACUUGGCUGUUUCAAAAGAUGUCCUAAACCAUGCAUAGUGGCAGAAUAUGUAAAGACAGCUGGAUAUUCAAAAUGGCCGUCUUCUUCAUCCGAGACCUGGAUUGCAAAGGUUCUAUCACAAGAAUCUCCAUACAGCACAUCUGCCAGAAAAGUUAUUGCGAAGCUGAAUAUCUACUUCUAUGAAUUGAGCUAUAAAACAACAGGGGAAUCUCCCUCAUUUAACGUCGUGACCUUGCUAUCUAACAUGGGCAGCCAAUGGAGUUUGUGGUUUGGCUCCUCAGUCCUUUCUGUAGUAGAGAUGGGUGAACUGGUAAUCGAUCUCAUUGCCGUCGGCAUCAUUGUACUGAGACGCCGGCAGAGAGAGAAAACGAAGGCCACAGAUGACACAGAGGAUAAUUCUCCUUCAGAGACUUAUGUACAUCCAAGGCAGGAGAACAGUGACAAUGAACAUAGAGAAAGAGCACCAAACCGCAUUGAAGUGGUUGCAGAGAUCAGUCCACCACCUGCAUAUGACUCUUUGGCGCUGGAUACACCUGUGGCUUGUUCAGCAGAUUGCAGCUGUACUCGACGAAUGAGCCAGACUAGUAUUAAAAGUCACACAUCAGGCAGUAGUAAUACAGAGGAAGCAACCGCAGAGGGGCCAACUGCCCUCUAGACGGCUUAUGUGCCUUAAUGGUCAGUACUCAAAUUUAAGUGGACUCUUCUCAGAUGUUUUAUUAAACAUCAGAAAAAACUGAGCCCUUACCAAAUAUGUGCCACUCAGGGUUGUUAAUAUGAAGGGAAAUGCACUCAUGCUACUACCCUCAUAAGGCAUUCAAACUGUCCAAAUUUAGGCAAGCUGUGAUGUAUAAUAAAUCAAAGUUUGUCAGAGACAUGAGAAAAGCACAUACUUUAAUUUUUUUUCAGAAGCCAAAUAUUUGCCUUUUCUCUGAGUAAUGAUAGUCUUGAGGUUAUUAUCUUAAGUAGUGGGAGUUCAGAAAUGCAAGAGACUCACCCCACAUAACAAUAAAUAAAUAUAAAUGUGCAUUUGUGAUCUUUCAGUCACAGUUUUGUAGAUCCAAGUCAUAAUGUGCAAUAUUUUUUGAGAGAGCUACAAUAUCUGCCUGAAUGUUAUCUCUAACUGCGACUUUAAAAGAGAUGGUCUGUACUGCUGUUCUAACUGAGCCAUUAUUGCUUUUACGAGAAACAUGGAAGUCAGACUUUUGUUUAAAUAUUUUUUGUCUAUUCAGUCUUGUAUCAAUUUCUUAUCAAUAUAACUGUUGACUGAUGGAGUGGCAGGGGAAAGGAUGGGCGGGCACUUACUCAUAUGCUCCCUAAGGGGAGGCGUGGUCCAAAGAAGGGUGUUGCCCUCGGAUGUAAUCUAUGAGCAUGGUGAGUGGGGAAAGAGAGUGAGUAGGUCAUUAAAAAAAUGCCCCCCAGAUGGAAGCACAGCUGAAACCCCAGGACACCUUCAAGAUCCAUGAACAGCUCCCAUCAAUAAUGGAGUAAGCUGGGGGGAGGUUGGAAAGUAGCUGGUAGACCUGCUGUGGACUUUAGCUAGUGGGACCAGGCCAGUAAACACGAGGUCUGACAUUGAUAUUUCCAUGAAAACAGAAUCCACUCUCAUGGGUGUAAAGUCUUUUCAUUGCCUAAGUCUUUUUGUCAUAAUAUUGUGUUUAUGUCAUAAUUCUUAAUGAACCAUGAUGCUUUGUAAUAAACAGUGCAUCAUAACAGUGCUGUAGGGAGACAAGAAAAGGGUGACUAAACUACCAAAGCAGCUCACAUUAAAAACAAAGUGACAAAAUAUUAAACUUAAAGAAGCAGAAUCUACUAAUACUCUUCUAACAAAAUGUAUACAAAGCAUGAUGAAAAUGAGGAAGCAACAUGCCUAAAACUAAAAGUAUACUCUUUAUAGUUAAACAGAGGCACAAAAUGGCUGAACUGACAUUUUCUCAACAUAGUCAGACUUUGCAAUUUUAGUAAGCAUUUGUUACAUCUGAAGAACACGUUUGCCCACUAGUGCAGAAAUUAGAUGCCCGAUGGCAAUUUCAGCACCCCUGGUUUAGUGAUGGAUUUAGGUUAACAAAAAGUGGAACAAGUCAUGAAGGAUUGUGCACACAGUGGACUGUUCUGGUUUCCAGGAAAUGUGGUUGGGAAAGGUCACUGCUAAAUUGACAGUUGACAUAGGCCAGGACAAGUUUCAGCUCAUUUGUAUGGAAAAAGAACAUAUGCCUUCAUUGCAAGCAACAGUGCAUGCAGUUCAGCAAAUUAAUGUACAUCAAGCUCCGAGAUUAAAAAGGGGACAGCAUUUCUGACAAAAGUAAGAUGAUAACAGGAUAAUACAUCACUUUAACUGCUGAUAUUCCUGUCCCUUGCUAGGCUUAGCAGAGGAACCUAUCCACUGUUAUCUGACUCACCAUACCAUGCCUUAAUGGCAUAACCCAGACACCUGGCAAGCAGGUUAAUGAGGGGGUAGUUUGCUUGUA